UUCUUUUUAAUUAUAUCCACUUUAUUUUGUUCUAUUCUCUGCCCUUUUUCUGGACUAAAAAUACAUCCGCAGAUUUUCCAACUUUCUGGCACGGAACAACUAACAGAUGUAGCUCUGUACAUGGAGUCACCCUCACUAACACCAGGGAGGAGCCUGGUGGGAUGAGGAAGAACCACAGCUGGCUGCACCCUGAGGGUUUGGGUUUAGAAAGCAAAAACCCAUUGGGCAGCUGCUGGGCAGUCGGAGCGUUGCUGUGGGUGGCUGAGGGGAUCUUCCCUCGCAGUGCCUUCCCCAGAGCUGUGUGGAAUGAAAUAUGCUGAGCAGUGCUGUGUGCUGUGCCAGUCUGUCCCCAGGCUCUGAUCCUGGGCUGAAGGCUGUGAACAGGAUGAUUGUCUGCUAUAGGAUGGGGGGAUGCUGUGGAUGCCCCAUCCAUCCCUGCAGGCAUUCAAGGCCAGGCUGGAUGUGGCUCUGGGCAGCCUGGGCUGCUGGUUGGCGACCUGCACACAGCAGGGCUUGGAGCUGGAUGAGCUCUGUGCUCCUGUGCAACCCAGGCCAUGCUGUGAUUCUGUGAUGUGAGGCUGUGCUGCAGCAGGGAGGGCAGGGCUCAGCUUUUGGUCCUACGCUCAUUGCAAGGAAAAGGAGAGCGCAGAGCUGUAGGGUGCCAAGCUGGUAAGUGGGAAUAACAGCAGGAGAGACCUCAUGGGGAAAAGGUGUAUCCCAGGACAAGCAGAUACCCAUGGAAUCACACUGGAGAAGAACCACCAAUGUGAAAAUAAAGCUGCCUGAGUGAUGCUUGCUGUUCCUUCUCCCACUCGAGGUGUCCCUGCAGGGAUCCUGCAUUGCUGCCAGCAGAGCAGCAGGAGGAUCUGAUGUCCCUGAGGGAUGUUAAGGCAGUGAUGUGCUGGUUCUUCGAUUCCCACAAGAGCUCUCCUUCUGCCUCACUUCUGAGCUUUCCUCUCUGUUCACCUCCGUAACCGAUUGCACAUUCACUCCUCAUGCUGUGUAUGUCACCCUGAACACCUUAUCUCCUGCAGAAGGGGAACACCUCGUGUGGAUGUGAGAGAAUGGACUGCAUGCUCUGCUCCAAAAUCUGCAGUGUAGGGUUUGGGGCACAGCUGAGGGACUGAGCUCCCUGGCCAUGUGUGACUUCAGUGACGCCCUUUGGGACCAGCCCUGUAAUAUCCAUCCCCUGUAAUCCCAGCUGUGAUGGCACCUGACAAAGGCCCCAUCCCUGGAGGUGUUCAAGGCCAGGUUGGAUGAGGCCCUGGGCAGCCUGGGCUGCUAUGAAAUGGGGAGGUUGGUGGCCCUGCAUUGGUGGGGGGUUGGAGCUUCGUGAUCCUUGAGCUCCCUUCCAACCCAAACCAUUCUGUGAUGCUGUGAGGCAGAGCUCCAUGUUCCCAGAUCUCAGGCUGCUGUUCAGUGCCUCAGGUGAGGACUGGGGGCUUUUUGGGGCCCUCUGCCCACACAGCAGCCAUUCUCACCCCACAUCUUCUGCACCGAGCUGUGUGUGGGUACAGCUGAGCCGGGCAGCAUCCUGCAGUGGGGCAGAGCAGGGGAUGCUCACAGGGAGCAGGAGGUCCUGCGUCACCCUGCUGGGAACCCUGUGUCUGUUGGGAGCUGCAGCGAGGCCCCCAGGUCUGGGGGGCUGCAGUGGUCACUGUGCCCCAUGGACCCUUGUUCUGUGCUGGGCUUUGGGAAGGGAGCUGAUGGGAGCAGGCUGGAGGGGUCCUGGCGGGUCGGGCAGGGCUGUGCUGCUCUCACUGACCUGCACUGACAGGCAGCCAUCCCAAAUCAGCCACCUCCAUCUGCCCCGUGCUGUGCAGCACACUGCAGGGCCUGGCAUCGUGGUGCAGCAUGGGGUGCUGUGGUGUGGGGUGCUGUGGUGUGGGGUGCUGCACAUCAGCAGGCUCUAAGCCCUAGGCUGUACCUCUCAAUGGGGGACACAGGGAGGCACCAGUUUUGCUGCAGAAAACCACAGCUCAGAGUCCAAAAGCAGCAUCGUGGUUUGCUGGGCAGUGUUUGUUUGGGGAUUAGGAGAAGCAGCGUAAUUAAAAUGCCACUUAAUUAAUUACUGCCAAUUUGGGUCCGGCGGAGGCUCUCCUGGCCCUGGGAUUGCUCCCAGCUGCCCUAACCUGGCUCUGCAACCAGCAAACAGCUGAGUGCUGUGCUGUGCUGUGUGCUGCUGAAUGGCUGUGUGGGUCGGUGCUGAGGGGCUGCAGAGGGAACCCAAUUAGAACAGGUCAUUAGCAGGGAGUCGUGGCUGGCUUCUCACAUUCCCCUCCAUCACUCAGAGCUAAUCAGAGCUAAUUGCUGCUCGCUGCUUGCUCUCUGUCCCCAGUGGUGCAGCACUGUAGUCCUGCAGAGCACGAAUGGUUGGUUGGGCAGGUUGGAUGGGGCUCUGGGCAGCCUGGUCUGGUAUUAGAUAUGGAGGUUGGCAGCCCUGCACACUGCAGGGAGGUUGGAGCUUUGUGAUCUUUGAGGUCCCCUUCCAACCCAUGGCAUUCUAUGGUUUUGUGCUUCAGUUCAGCUCUGCAGGAGCAGAGCCCUAAAUCCACGCUCUGCCUCUGUUUGUCCUGGAAAGCAGUGAUGGAGAACUGGGCGAAGUGGAGCUGUUGCUUUGAUGUUACCAACAAGCUGCAUCUGUAGCAGCUCAGCGCUCCUGGGCAGGAGGGAUUUGGGACUGCAGGGUCAGCUCAGCCCACGUGGCUGUGCUGGGGGGUGAGGAGGGCUGCCCAGAGCCCUGGCAGGGAGCUCUGCCAUCCAGCAACCGCUCACUGUUUGCUUCUCUUUUGCAAUUGGCUUCAGAGGAUCCGGUGCGAAUAAGGUCAGAGCUGGUGUGAGUUGGGAGGCUGAUGUGUGUCUGUCCGUGUCACCAUGGGGCUGGAGGGGCUGCAAGGCUGCCUGCACAGGGCUCUGUGUGUGCAUAGAGCUCUGUGUGUGUGUGCACAGGGCUCUGUGUGUGUGUGCACAGGGCUGUGUGUGUGUGCACAGGGCUCUGUGUGUGUGCAUAGAGCUCUGUGUGUGCACAGGGGUUUCUGCUCACCGGUGCCGGCUCUCCAUGGUAGCAGUGGGGAACGGGGCAGGUUGGGCUGUGAGACCCCAACUAGGAGGGGAGGCAGCAGCCGAGGCAAAAGCAGAGGGGCUGCAGUUUGCUCUGUGCCAGAGCAGCACUGAGCACAGCAGCCACACGCUGCAGCAGGAGCUCAUCCCACAGAUUGCAGGGCUGAGCAGCCCGUAUUUCUUUUCUCUUGUCCUCCCAUCCUCUCCUCUCUUCCUCCAUCCCCACCAGCCUUUCCUUCUGCCAUGGUUCGCUCUCUGCUUCUUCUGCUCACCGAAUGCAGCACAUCCACAUCUCCCUGCUGGCUCCCAUUCCUCGCGGGCGGUUUGGAUUCCUGGAGCAGUGAUGGAGGAGGCGCAGAUGGGAGCAGGGAGGGCAGAUGGAGCGGAGCAGAGUGCAGCUCCUGCCUGCAGCUGCUUAAAUCUGCCCCAGCCCAUCGGUGUGAGCACAGCCAGCUGCACACAAAGGAAACGCCAGAGGUGCCCGGGUCUCUCCGUGCUCAGAUCUGAGUUCAGGGAAGGCAGCAGGUGGUGGCUUUGCCAUAGCACAGGAAUGCUCAGCGGCCCCUUCCAGCCCUGUGCUCUGCACCCAGCCCUGGCAGCACGCUGUCCUCACAGCUGCAGGCAGCAUUUCCUGUGGAAAAUCUAUGGGCAGCAGCAGGAACUGUGCCAGCCCUGUCAGCUGAGCCUCAGCUCUGUGUCCUCUGUGCCAGCCCUCUUUCUUGGCAGGGCAGCGUGUGCCUGGUGUCACAUCCCCACAGACAGCACCAGUGUCACAUCCCCACGGCUACUGCUUAGUGUCACAUCCCCCACAUGGCCCUGCUGUCACAUCCCCAUGGAUGGUGCUUGGCUUGGUCACAUCCCCAUGGACAGCCCUGAUGUCACAUCCCCACAAACAGCCCUGGUCUUACUUGCCUGUGGACAGCCCUGGUGCCACAUGCCCAUGGAUACUGCCUGAUGUCACAUCCCACGGAUGGUCCUGGUGUCACAUCCCUAUGGAUGGUGCUUGGUGUCACAUCCCUGUGGAUACCACCUGGUGUCGCAUCCCCACGGACAGCCUCAGCAUCACUUCCUUAUGCAAGCCCUGGUCUCACAUCCCCAUGGAUAACCCUGAUCUCACAUCCCUGUGCACAGCUCUGGCCCCAGGACCAUGCUGGGCUCCUUUCCUCCUGCCCACAGUUUGCACUCCACCGAUCAGGGGGGCAUCCCACAGUGCUGACAGCAGUAGAACCACAGCAGUGGCCCCUCAGUGCCACCAGUGGAGGUGACACCCUGAGGUGACAUCCCUGCCUGUGUCCUCGGCAUCACCCCUGCUGUGAGCACAGAGCAGCUGUCCCAGCUCAGGUUUCCAUCGCGUGCAGUUGGAGGCAGAGCGCCCUGCAGCCCCACAGGAUGUUCCCUGCCUGCUGGCUGUGAUGCUGUGGCUGCUGUUGUCUCAUGGGUUAAGAACGGCCCCUCGGAGCAGAGGCUCUGCAUCACCUCGUGGGUGCUGCGUCAGCUCAGGGGUGCUGUGUCACCUCACGGACGCUGCAGGGUGCAGCUCCUAUUCUUGCUGCAGAAUCCCUCUCGUUUGAAAGGACAUCUCUUGCACCAGACACCUCGGUGCUUACAAAGCCUGGGUGGGCUUUAGAAGAGCAGGACGCUUGGUGCCCUUAUCGCUUCCAGGUGCAGAGCAGCAGGCGUUGCAGCCGAGCUCACUUCUUGCAGGCUGCAGUGGCUGACAAUGUUUGGGUGAACUUCAUGGAGCCUUGAAGGCUGGAAAGACCCCCACGAUCCCCAGCCCACCCCGCUGUGCCCACUGCCCACAUCCCUCACUGCCCCACCUGAGCACCGCCAGGGAUGGUGACCCCCCUAUCCUUGGGUAGCCGUGCCGGUGCAUUGCCACUCUUUCCAAGAGGAAAUUGUUCCUCAUCCCCAACCCCUUCGUCCCCAACCUGACCCCGUUGUUACGCAGGGCUCAGCCCCACAUCCAUGUUCUUUUCCGUGGCUUUGUUCCCAAAUACCUUUGUUACCAUUGCAGAGCUCUGUGCUGUGAGGGCUGCCCCACCAUUGGCGCAGUGCUGUUGGGUGACCCACACCGACCUGCUUGUGGCCUCUCCCAUCUGUGCCCUUUCAUACAGUGCUGCCAUGUCCAUUGGGGACACCACGCCAUGAUGUGCCCUGAGGGGCAGAGGGUGUGGGGCAGCAGUGCGCGGCUCCGUCCAUUGAGGACAUGGGUCAGUGGGGGCAGUGGGAGAGCGCUGCAGCUUCUCCUGCCCUGGGGACCCCUUCCCCACUUUGGAAAGAAGCCGUUCAGGGCAGCAGAGCAGCAUUGCAUUGCUUUUGGCACCGCAGGAGGAAGG